AUGCGCAAAACAUGGGUAGUAAAGCCAAUUAAGGAGGCCAAGCAGUUUGAUUACAUUACUACACUGAUGGAAAAUAUCCUCAGGUAUAAAAAAUCAAAGAAACCGAAGAAAUCCAAGAAAGCCAAAAAGUCUGCCAAACAUGCAAAAAAUAUUGCCACAAAAGAGAAACCAGACAAGGAAACAGCAAUCAAGGCUCACAUUAGCAGAUUCUAG